AAUAUUAAUGACAGAGUUUGUUGAGCCUGUGUCACAGAACCGUACCUUUACCGUUAUAAAAAUUAUAAAAUCAUCAGUUAUUAGUUGUUUCUACAAAAAUAUUGGACAUUUUAUUUUCUUGUUUUAAUUACACGGAAUAAUGAGUUUAGUUGCGAAUACAGGGAAGUUGGCUGGUCGUACCCUAUUCAUAACGGGAGCAUCCCGUGGUAUUGGUAAAGCUAUCGCACUCAAAGCUGCCAAAGAUGGAGCUAACGUUGUGGUUGCCGCUAAAACCGCAGAACCUCAUCCCAAAUUACCGGGAACUAUUUACACGGCCGCAGAAGAGAUUGAGGCUCUUGGUGGAAAAGCUUUGCCUUGCAUUGUUGAUGUGAGAGAUGAGAAACAGAUUCAGAAAGCCAUCGAUGAAGCUGUUAAAAAGUUCAAUGGCAUUGAUAUACUCAUAAACAAUGCUUCGGCCAUAUCACUCACUGGGACUGCGGAGACCGAUAUGAAGAGAUACGACCUCAUGCACAAUAUUAACACCAGGGGCACAUUUUUGGCAUCAAAACUAUGCCUGCCGUUGUUGAAAGAAAGCAACCACGCUCACAUCCUAAACCUGUCGCCACCACUUAACAUGAAUCCUUAUUGGUUUUCACUGCACGUUGCUUACACAAUGGCUAAAUAUGGGAUGUCUAUGUGUGUGCUGGGGAUGAGUGAAGAAUUUAGACAAUUCAAUAUUGGGGUUAAUGCACUUUGGCCAAAAACUGCUAUCGCGACAGCCGCCAUUGAAAUGUUGACUGGCGACACUUCGUCCAGUCGCAAACCGGAAAUAGUCUCAGAUGCUGCCUACGUCAUGUUGAGCAAAGACCCUAAAUCAUACACGGGCAAGUUUGAGAUAGAUGAAGAUGUAGUUAAAUCAGUCGGAAUCAAAGACCUCGCGCCCUACGCUUGUGAUCCAAAGAACGCAAAUAAUCUGCUCUUGGAUGGUUUCUUGGAUGAUCCAGCGUCAUUACUCCAUCAUCAGCAGACAGUCUCCUCCGCUUCCAUACGCCGUUAUCAUACAACUUCCGUCAAUUAUAAGGAUAAGAGUGAGCCGGCAGGACAGAUCCCGGAACUAUUUUCAGUUAUCAACAAGACGAUAACACCUGAAUUAGUUAAAAAAACACAGGCCGUGUUCCAGUUUAAUGUGAAAGGUAAAGAGGAAGGUAUAUGGCACCUCGAUCUCAAGAACGGUGAUGGAGCCUGCGGUCAGGGGGAACCAAAACAUGCACCCGAUGCCACCCUCACCAUGGACAGCACCAACUUUGCUGAUAUGUUUGCUGGGAAAUUGAAGCCGACCACAGCCUUUAUGAUGGGCAAGCUGAAAAUAAAGGGGGACAUGCAGAAGGCGAUGAAACUCGAGAAAAUGAUGAAAUCACUCAAGGCUAAAGUGUAAAGUUAUAAAAUUGUACAGUUAAAGUAUAGGACAGCUGACAUAUAUGUAUCAAGAUUAUUUAAAAAAUUUUUUGGUUGGAAAUGAUAAAGAGGCAAUAAAAUAUUUACGAAAUGAUGCAAUAUUUUUCUUGUUCUAGUGUUUUUUAUCUGUUUUACUGUGAGCCAGUGUUUAUUUUGUAUUGAGUUAUAUUAAUAUAUCUCAAUAAUAUUAUUUUAAGCCGACUUAUGUUGACAAGUUCAAAAUGGAUGUUAAUUCAUCCGAAUAAAUAAAUAAAUGCGCAAGUCGGUAUUAAAAACGAGCAUAUUUUAGUAUGUCUAAAUACAAAUGUUAAAAAUAGUUUGUAAUAUAUGGUACAUCUAAUAAAAGUUUUUAAAAA